AUGGAGAUAAAUGUGGGAUCAGAUAAACAAAAGACUAGUGUUGAGAACAUGAACGAACAAGGAGCAUUAGAUGACUAUGAAGAAGGUCAAACACCCAAAACUGAUAUGUCUUUUAACAAGAUGAUGAAUCGGCAUCGGGAAAACAAAUACGAUAGGAAAAAGAAAGACAAAGAAGGAAGAGGAAAGAAGGCUAUGAAGAAGAUAGAAAAAAGAGAUGAGUCUUUACCCAUCCUUCCUCGUCAUCUCAUACUGGAGAUACUCUCACGCCUACCCGUCAAGUCUCUCGUACGGUUUAAGUCUGUAUCAAAGUCUUGGCUCACUUUAUUCACAGAUCCAUUCUUUGUGAAGAUGCACCUAAAUCGAUCCCACAAGCGCAAGAAACUUGUUUUUCCAUGUAAAGGUUCGGAAUUCAAUUAUGGUAUGAGACUGGUUGUAUUUUCGAGUGACAAUAUUGAUGAGCCGCGUAAGAUCCACGUUGAUUCUCUACUUCAGUUCCCGGCUGCUGAAUCAUCUUCGAUCAGAAUCCUAGGUUCUUGUGAUGGAUUGAUAUUAUGUUUAACUGAUGAUCGAUUCCUUCACAUGGUGAAUCCUUCAACUAGAGAAUUUCAAACAUUAUCAGAAUCACCAUUCAAUACAUCUUUUCCUUCUUAUGGAUUUGGCUAUGAUGGGUCCACCGAUGAUUACAAGAUUGUUGAAAUCUCAUCUUCUCCAUCUGAUGAAAAUACAGCAUCCGUAUAUACAUCAAAAACAAAUGUUUGGAGAAGGAUUCAAGACAUUCCUUACCAAGUUAUGUCCAUUGAACCUGCAACACUUCUGAAUGGAGCUCUCCAUUGGUUAACUAAGGAUAAGAGUAAGAUUGUUUCUCUCAAUUUAGCGGACGAGAAAUUUCAAUAUUUUCUUUUACCUGAUUUCGAAACACGAACUCAAGAUUACUUCUUUUCAGCUUUCAAAGGAUGUCCUUGUGUCUGCCUAACUAGAUUAGAUGAUCCUAUUUGCUAUACUGAAUCUUGGGUAAUGAAGGAAUAUGGCAAGCGAGAGUCUUGGACUAGUAUUCGCCACCACUUUUUUCUUCAAAAUCGAGUGAAACCUUUGGAUUAUUCAAACAAUGAUGAAAUUCUAUUUUUCAGGCAUGCUUAUUUUUUGUAUGUAUUCAAUCUAGAGAAAAAUACACAUAGGCUUAUAAAAAUUCCCUAUGAUGCUCAAUUCCGUAGUCUUCAAUUUGACGAAGCAGAGACUUUUUUGGAGACCAUUGUUUCAACCGGCGGGAUUGCUUUGAACAGAAGGUUGAACGAUGCAAGUGUGUGA